GUUUCCUCAUCUGUGGAAAGAGAGGGUUGGACUUGCUGGCCUCCAGGGGCGUAGCCCGCUUGGAAGCUGCUUUUGGGGGCCUGUGGUCACAGCUGGUUGUUGUGGUUCCUGGAGUCACAUCUUGUUCUGAGGUUUGGGGUCCUGAGGCUGCCAGCGGACUAUGGGUACUACGGCCAGCACAGCCCAGCAGACGGUUUCGGUGGGCGCCCCCUUCGAGGGCCUCCAGGGGGGCGGCACGAUGGACAGUCAGCACUCACUCAGUGUCCACUCCUUCCAGACCACAGGCUUGCACAACAGUAAGGCCAAGUCCAUCAUCCCCAACAAAGUGGCCCCCGUCGUGAUCACGUACAACUGUAAGGAGGAGUUCCAGAUCCAUGAGGAGCUGCUCAAGGCCCAUUACACGCUGGGCCGGCUCUCAGACGCCACCCCCGAGCACUACCUGGUGCAGGGACGCUACUUCCUGGUGCGGGAUGUUGCUGAGAAGAUGGAUGUACUGGGCACUGUGCGGAGCUGUGGGGCCCCCAACUUCCGGCAAGUGCGGGGUGGCCUCACCGUGUUUGGCAUGGGACAGCCCAGCCUCUCUGGUUUUAGGCGGGUCCUCCAGAAACUCCAGAAAGAUGGACACAGGGGGUGCAUCAUCUUCUGUGUGCGGGAGGAGCCUGUGUUGUUUCUGCGUGCUGAGGAGGACUUCGUGCCCUACACGCCUCGGGAUAAGCAGAAUCUUCAUGAGAACCUCCAGGGCCUGGGACCUGGGAUCCGGGCAGAGAGCUUAGAGCUGGCCAUCCGGAAAGAGAUCCAUGACUUUGCCCAGCUGAGUGAGAACACGUACCACGUCUACCACAACAUCGAGGACCUGCUGGGGGAGCCCCACGCUGUGGCCAUCCGGGGCGAGGACGAUGUGCACGUGACCGAGGAGGUGUACAAGCGGCCCCUCUUCCUGAGGCCUGCCUACAGGUACCACCGCCUGCCCCUGCCAGAGCAAGGGGCCCCCCUGGAAGCCCAGUUUGAUGUCUUUGUGAGUGUCCUCCGGGAAACCCCCAGCCUGCUGCAGCUCCGAGAUGACCACGGGCCUCCCCCUGCUCUCCUCUUCAGCUGCCAGACAGGCGUGGGCAGGACCAAUCUGGGAAUGACCCUGGGUACCCUCAUCUUGUUUCACCACAGCGGGGCUGCCUCGAGGCCAGAGGCUGUCCCCCUGCAGACCAAGCCACUGCCCCUGGAGCAGCUCCAGCUGAUCCAGAGCUUUCUCCACAUGGUGCCUCAGGGGAGGAAGAUGGUGGAUGAGGUGGACAGAGCCAUCACUGCCUGUGCGGAGCUGCAUGACCUGAAGGAGGUCAUCUUGGAACACCAGAGGAAGCUGGAAGGCCCCCGGCCAGAGAGCCCAGCCCAGGGAAGCUGCAGCCAGCACGGUGUCCCGCAGAGGGCGCUGCAGAGUCUGGAGCGAUACUUCUACCUGAUCCUGUUUAACUACUAUCUCCACGAGCAGUACCCGCUGGCCUUUGCCCUCAGUUUCAGCCGCUGGCUCUGUGCCCAUCCUGAGCUGUACCGCCUGCCUGUGACUCUGAGCUCAGCGGGGCCUGUGGCCCCCGGGGACCUCGUCACUAAGGGCUCUCUGGGGGCGGACGACCUCAUCUCUCCAGACGCACUCAGCACUGUCAGAGAGAUGGAUGUGGCCAACUUUCGACGGGUGCCCCGCAUGCCCAUCUAUGGCACAGCCCAGCCCAGCGCCAAGGCCCUGGGGAGCAUCCUGGCCUACCUGACUGAUGCCAAGAGGAAGCUACGGCAUGUCGUGUGGGUCAACCUGAGGGAGGAGGCCGUGCUGGAGUGUGACGGGCAUACCCACAGCCUGCGGUGGCCUGGGCCCCCCAUGGCCUCCGACCAGCUUGAGAACCUGGAGUCCCAGCUGAAGGCCCACCUGAGUAUGCCUCUCCCAGGCACGGGGGGUGCACCGACCCGCAAGUUCCAGACAUGCCUCACCACGCAGGAGGUCUUCACCCAGCACCGUGGGGCCUACCCCGGCCUCACUUACCACCGCAUCCCCCUGCCAGACUUCUGCGCCCCCUGUGAGCAGGAUUUUGACCGACUGCUCGAGGCUCUGCGGGCUGCCCUCGCCAAGGACCCGGGCACUGGCUUCGUGUUCAGCUGCCUCAGUGGCCAGGGCCGGACCACGACCGCUAUGGUGGUGGCCGUGCUCGCCUUCUGGCACAUCCAGGGCUUCCCCGAGGUGGGCGAGGAGGAGCUCGUGAGUGUGCCUGAUGCCAAGUUCACCAAGGGCGAGUUUGAGGUGGUGAUGAAAGUGGUGCAGCUGCUACCUGAGGGGCACCGCGUGAAGAAGGAGGUAGAUGCGGCCCUGGACACAGUCAGUGAGACCAUGACCCCCAUGCAUUACCACCUGCGGGAGAUCAUCAUCUGCACCUACCGCCAGGCAAAAGCGGCCAAAUCGGAGCCGGAGGCCGGGAGGUUGCUGCUGCGGGGCCUGCAGUACCUGGAGCGCUACGUGUACCUGGUGCUCUUCAACGCUUACCUCCACCUGGAGAAGGCUGACUCCUGGCAGAGGCCCUUCAGCUCGUGGAUGCGGCAGGUGGCAUCGAAGGCCGGAGUCUAUGAGAUCCUCAACCAGCUGGGCUUCCCCGAGCUCGAGAGCGGGCAGGACCAGCCCUUCUCCAGGCUGCGCUGCCGGUGGCAGGAGCAGAACCGCUGGCCCGAGCCCUCCGCCGCUGGGGACUUCCUGUAGGGUGGGCUCCCCACCCCACCCCUGCCCCUGCCCGCCCCUGCCCCUGCCCCUACCCGCCUCCUCCUACGGAGCUCCAUGCAGGCUGGGGAUGCUCCAGGUGCUCUUCACGGGGAGUGGUCCCGAGGAACCCAGGCCCCAGGAGAGACUGGGGCGGGGUUGGGACCCUGUUUUAAAAAGAGCUUUUUAUAGGACGAGUAGUGCACGGUUACACUUGUGAACAACAGGCGCGCGUGCCUUGCAGACCGCAGACGGCUUCCAGGGAGCUCGGUCCCCAAGUAGCCGAGCAGAGCUACUCGCUGCGGCCACGCGCACCCUCCUCGGCCACCUCACAGCGGUCCUGACAGCCUGGGGUGUGGAGCCGGUUUCCCGCUUGCUUUCUCUUGCUGCCCUCCCCGCUUGGCCUCUCCCCUGUUGCUGCCUGAGCACUGCCCUGGGGCCCCCGGUCCCUGGGGAACAGACAGGGCUCUGGUGGAUUUGUCACCUCAGUGGCAGCUUCACCCAGUUUCCUUGCCUCUCGUGCCCCAUCUCCAACCUGGAGACCCCGAGAAGCGCAACGGCGUGGCCUGCUGGGUCUGGUGGAGGCUCUGCCUCUCCUUCCUUCCCCUCCCCCUCCCCUGGGGCUGGCGGGACUGUGGAGGUCCCCAGGGAGCUAGAAGGGAGGAGUCCCUCUCGGGAGGAAGGAGCUUCUAGAAGAUGGAUGCAGCCCUAUGGAAGAGGCCUGCCCCAUUUCCCAGGGAGCCAGGGCGGGCAGUGCUGAGGAAGCCCAGGCUCCCUGCAGCUGGUCCUACCGCACUUUCCCCGCCUUGGCCACCCAGGUGGCCCCAGGUCCCCCUCCGCUGCAGCAGGAGCCCCGAGGACCGCUGGGGGGCCCUGAGUGAACAGUGGAGCAUGCGAGUGGGCUAAGGGGGGGUUCCAGACCAUCCUGGCUGAGGACCCCUGAGCUUCCCUCCAGAGGGAGCAGAGGGGCUGAGGGUUGAGGAGCGGGAGGCCUCAGGAGCAGCUCUGUCCCCACCGUGGGAAGGCUGCUGGAAGGGCCGGCCCUGUGGAGGUGAGUCGUGCAGCUCUUCCUCUGGGGACCACUGUCUGCCGAAGCCCCGGGGGCUGACCGGUGUGGAGGCUGCCCGCCCUGGGCCUGGCUCGUGGCGGCCUGGGAGCCCUCCCUGGUUGGACGCAUGCACUUCUGCAGAAAACCAGUGGACACGUCUCUGGUCUCAGGAGGAGAGGCCAGAGUUGUUCACAUCUACCUAGUGGAAAAUAUUUGGCCAUCUUGGCUGAAAUCUUCUGCAAAACUACUGUAUGUCUGUUCACUACCUUUUCGAAUUUGUUUUUGUUUUUAUUUUUGCAUGAAUUAAAAAGUUUUCAUUUCUUUGCAGACAAAGUCUAGAUGAGGGGUCACAGAUCAGGCUGAACUGGGAGGGAUCCUCUGUGUUCUCACAGUUGACCCUGACUUUCAGCUGUGCUGGGACCACGGGCUGGUCACUUUGCCUCUCUGCCUCAGUUUCCCCAUUUGUAAAAUGGGAGAAUAAUACUUGCCUACCUACCUCACAGGGGUGUUGUGAGGACUCAUUUGUGACUUUAUUUUGUACAGAGCUUUUGAGCAUUAAAAAUGGCUAAAUGUAAA